CCACGCCUUUCUUUGCUUCCGGUCCUUCCAGAACAAGCGUGGGGAAGAUGGCGUCGCAGAAGUCAGUACCGAGCGAUUUGUAUAAAUGCGUUUAUUCCUUUUUAGUGGAAAACAAGUUCACUAAGGCGGCUCAGCAGUUUCUGAAACAGACUAAGGUGAAUGCUCAGGAUCCAAAUGAGGAACGUCUUGAAGACAUCUACACCUUCUGGGUGAAAUCCCCGGAGUCAAAAAAACGAAAAGCACCUGGGAACCAAAGCGAGACUGUAAAUGGCCCUUCUGCCAAGAAAGCCAAACCCAGCACUGAGAGCUCCAGCGAGUCAAGCAGUGAGGAAGAGGAGGCUGCUCCUAAAACUACAAUUAAAGCAACACCAACUGCUGUUAAGACUGCACCUGUCAAAACCUCAACAAAAGCAGAUCCCAGCAGCAGUGAGGAUUCUAGCGAUUCUGAGGAGGAAGAGGCACCUGCAAAAACCCCUGCUAAAACCCCUCCUGUAAAGCCUGCACCGGCUCCAGCUGCUGUUAAUGCUAGAAAGAAGGACACAAGCUCGAGCAGUGAGGAGUCUGAGGAGGAGCCAGCUAAAACCUCAGUGCAAAAAACUAAAGUUGCUGCUGUCACCCCCAAAGCAGCAGCAGUAGCUGCUAAACCUGCUGCCCAGAAGAAGCAGGAGAGCAGCAGCGAGGACAGUUCCUCAGAUUCAGAAGAUGACAAACCAACCAAGGCUCCAGUCAAACCUGCUCCAGCUGCAGCUGCUGCAGAAUCAAGCAGUGAAGAGUCUUCAUCUGAAGAUGAGGUUCCUCCCAGCAAAAAGCCUAAAGCCGGUGUGUACAGUGCCGUUCCACCUCCCACUUCAGUUCAGCCUACUCCUGCUGCAAACAAGGCACAGAAAGAGGACUCUGACAGCAGUGAUGAGAGCAGCGAUGAAGAUGAAAAGAAAGUAGCUGCUAAACCUACAACAAAUGCAGCCACUGCCCCCAAACCUGCAAAGACGCAAGAAUCCAGCUCAGACAGUUCAGAUUCAAGUUCAGAUGAGGAUGAACCCCCUGCAACUAAAACAGCAGCCCAAGCCACACCUGCAAAAAAGCCUGUGAAACCUACACCUGCUGCAAAACCAACCACCCCAGCUGCCAAACCGGCCCCUGCUGCAGAUAGCAGCUCUGAGUCAAGUUCAGAGGAAGAGGAGGAGCCUCCAAAAAAUGCAGCAAUGGCCCCCCCGGCUAAAGCUACUCCAGCUAAACCUGCCCCGGCUAAAGCUACUCCAGCUAAAGCUGCUCCGGCUAAAAAGGAUGCGUCCUCCAGUUCUGAAUCUGACAGCAGCUCUGAUGAGGAGGCAUCAAAGCCCGUUGCUGCAGUUCCACCAAAACCUGUAGUAUCCAAACCACCUGCCAAGAAGGAGGAGAGCAGCUCAUCCUCUGAGUCUUCCUCUGAGGAUGAGGAGUCUGCCAGUCAGAAACCUGCAUCUAAAGCCUCCACUCCAGCAGCAAAACCUGCUGCUCCUGCUGCUAAGGCUGCUCCUGCUGUAGCAGACAGCAGCUCAGAGACUGACUCCUCUGAGGACGAGGAGCCCGCUAAAGCUAUUCCUGUCGCAAAGGCUACACCUCCAGCAAAGGCAGCGGACAGUAGUUCAGACUCUGAUUCGUCCUCUGAAGAUGAAGCACCAGCCAAAGUUAAACCUGCACCUAAACCUACAACAUCGGCAACAAAACCUGUCACUGCAGUAACAAAGACAGCAGCUACAUCAAAGGCUGAAGAAAGCAGCUCAGAUUCUGACUCUUCUGAGGAUGAAAAGCCAACUAAAUCAAAGCCUGUCACCCCAAAAGUGGCUACACCUGCUGCUAAAACAGCUACACCUAAAGCAGCUACACCUGUGGCUAAAGCGUCAGCGACAAAGACGGCUGACACUAGUUCUGAUUCAGAUUCAUCCUCUGAGGAUGAAGAGCCCAUCAAGGCCAAACCUGCUACACCUGCGGCUAAAGCUGCUACACCUGCGGCUAAAUCUGCUACACCUGUGUCUAAAGCUGCAACAAAAGCAGCAGAGAGUAGUUCUGAUUCAGAUUCAUCCUCUGAGGAUGAAGAACCCGCCAAGGCCAAAGUGGCUACACCUGCAGCUAAAACGGCUACACCGAAAGCUGCUACACCUGUAGCUAAUGCUGCAGCAAAAGCAGCAGAGAGUAGUUCUGGCUCAGACUCAUCCUCUGAGGAUGAAGAACCAGCCAAGGCCAAAGUGGCUACACCUGCAGCUAAACCAGUUACACCGAAAGCUGCUAAACCUGUGACUAAAGCUGCAGCAACAAAGACAUCUGACAGUAGUUCUGAUUCAGACUCAUCCUCUGAGGAUGAAGAGCCCACCAAGGCCAAACCUUCUACACCUGCAGCUAAAGCAGUCACAGCUAAAGCACCUACACCUGUGGCUAAAGCUGCAGCAAAAGCAGCAGAGAGUAGUUCUGAUUCAGACUCAUCCUCUGAGGAUGAAGAGCCCGCCAAAUCAAAACCUGUAACUUCUGCUGUGAAGGGCACUCCUGCUGCUAAAGUGACUCCGGCCAAAGCUCAGGAGAGCAGCUCUGAUAGCGACAGCUCUGACUCAGAAACUGAAGUGGCAAAACCUCCAGCAAAGAAGGCUCCUGCUGCUCCUACACCUGGUAAAAAGGCCGCUCCUGUGAAGAAGGCUGAGGAGAGCAGCUCUGACUCAGACAGCUCAGAUGAGGAGACCAAUAAGACCCCUGCAAAGUCUGCAGUGACCAAUGGCAAACCAGUGAAGCCCAUAGCGACACCUGCAGCUAAAAGUAAAGAGAGCAGCAGCUCCUCAGACAGUUCAGAGGAAGAGGAGGCAGCACAAAAAUCAGCCACAGCCCCCACCACACCCACAGCUAACGGUACCAAGAGCAAAAGGAAAAAGGAUGAAGACGAGUCAGCGGAAGAGGAAACUGAAAUAAAAACACCCCAAAACAAAAAGACAAAAAUGACAACACCUCAGACAUUUCCAAAAGCCAACAAAAAAUCUUCCAACGUCCCUUUCCGUAGAAUAAAGGACGAUGAAAUAGAAGUGGAUCCUCGUUUAGCAGACAACUCUUUUGAUGCAAAGCAUGGAGCCAAUGGAGACUGGGGUCAAAAAGCGAAUGAUGUCCUGAGGUACACCAAAGGAAAAUCGUUUCGACAUGAAAAAACUAAAAAGAAGAGGGGAAGUUACCGCGGCGGUGCCAUCUCCACAUCAGUCAAUUCAAUAAAGUUUGACAGUGACUGAGGACACUUUUGGACCAUUUCCCUCCACCUUAACUGUAACUGCUACUUUCCUGACUGUUAAACAGGAUGAGCUACAGAAUGUAUACCACUGAUGAACUUUGAUAGAUGCAUUUGUGGCAUCUCAGUUGACCAUCAAUUUUUAAAACCAGUGGACAGGAGGCUCUCUGUUGGUAAUAGUUGCAAAACAUUCUCAUUUAUAGCCACUAGGUGGCUGGAGGCCAUCUAUUAAACUUUGUAAACUUGUUUUCUUAUGCGACUUAACUUUUGUAUCAGUGACAGAAAAGAACUGCGUUUUCUCCUUUUCAAUGGUUAAUGUGGGUGCUACAUUUGCCUGGUGUUCAUUUCCCAUCUUUUAAGUGUAGAGGGGCUCACUUCUCUUUCAGUACACUUGAUUUAGAAAGUGGAAGUUAGUUUUAUACUAUAUUUAUUUGAAGGUUUUAGUUUCACUUUGAGUCUCUAUGGUUGUUGAAUUCUUUGAUUCUUUGUCCUACUGUCUCCAGUGAUGUAGAACUUGAGAAAAGAGCCAUACUUGUCAUUUGAAACUUCUGUUUGCAAUUUUAUUCAUGUAAUUAAAGAAAAAUGUGAGAUUAAACACUAAAUUAGUA